AUGGAACUGGCAGUCCUUCCCCCCUCUGAGCAGCUCCGUCUUGCCGAGCCUCUAAGAAUGCACUGCCAUAGCUGUGCGUUGGUCACCAGCUCUGGUCACCUGAUGGGUGGUGGUCGCGGUGAGGAGAUCGACCGGGCGGACUGUGUCAUCCGUAUGAACGACGCCCCCACGGCGCUGGGGUACGGGCGGGACGUCGGACGCCGCACCUCGCUACGCGUCAUCGCUCACUCCAGCAUGCAGAGGGUCCUACGGAACCGCCACGAACUGCUCAACACAUCCCAGGACACAGUGUUUAUCUUCUGGGGGCCCAGUAAUUACAUGAGGCGGGAUGGGAAGGGUCUGGUCUACAACAACCUGAGGUUGAUGAACCAGGUGCUGCCCAAACUAAAGGUCUACAUGAUCUCCAGGCAGAAGAUGCUGCAGUUUGACGAACUCUUCAAGAGGGAAACGGGCAAGGACAGGCGUAUCUCCAACUCGUGGUUGAGUACUGGUUGGUUCACUAUGACCAUCGCUCUGGAGCUGUGUGACCGGAUCAAUGUCUAUGGCAUGGUGGCUCCAGACCACUGCAGAGAGCCCCGGCCCCCAUCCUCCCCCUCCCCCUACCACUACUACGAACCCCUCGGUCCAGAGGAGUGUGCCAUGUACAUCAGCCAUGAGCGGGACCGCAGGGGCAGCCAUCACCGCUUUAUCACGGAGAAGAGGGUCUUCACCAGCUGGGCUCGAACCUUCAACAUCCACUUCUACCAGCCUGACUGGGAGCCCCCUCCGCUGGCCCCCGCUAACCACUGACCACCGCUAACCACUGACCACUGCUAACCGCUGACCACUGCUAACCACUGACCACUGCUAACCACUGACCACCGCU